GCGGCCGGCGCCCGGGACUGCUCCCACCGCCGCCCGGACCCGCGUCCCGCCGGGGCUGCUCCCGCCGCCGCCCGGACCCACGCCCCGCCGGAGCAGCGGUUGUGGGAGCCCCGAGCCCCCGACGCCGCCCGUCACGCCAUGGCGUUCCCGGCCCCCGCGCUGCUCUGCGCGCUGUGCUGCGGCCUCCUGGCCGCGGCCGCCGGCGCCGGCUACUCUAAGGAGCGCUGCAGCUGGAGGGGCAGCGGCCUCACCCAGGAGCCCGGCAGCGUGGGGCAGCUGUCCCUGGCCUGUGCGGAGGGCGCGGUCCAGUGGCUCUACCCGGCUGGGGCGCUGCACCUGACCCUGGGCGGCUCCGACCCCGGCGCGCGGCCCGGCAUCGCCUGUCUGCGGCCGGCGCGGCCCUUCGCGGGCGCCCAGGUCUUCGCGGAGCGCGCGGGCGGCGCCCUGGAGCUGGUGCUGGCCGAGGGCGCGGGGCCGGCAGGGGGCCGUUGCGUGCGCUGGGGUCCCCGCGAGCGCCGGGCCCUCUUCCUGCAGGCCACGCCGCACCGGGACAUCAGCCGCCGCGUGGCCGCCUUCCGCUUUGAGCUGCGCGAGGACGGGCGCCCCGAGCUGCCCCCGCAGGCCCACGGUCUCGGCGUGGACGGUGCCUGCAGGCCCUGCAGCAAUGCUGAGCUGCUCCUGGUAGCGUGCACCAGUGACUUCGUAAUUCAUGGGACCAUCCACGGGGUCACCCACGAUGCAGAGCUGCAGGAGUCCAUCAUCACCGUGGUGGCCGCCCGUGUCCUCCGCCAGACACUGCCGCUGUUCCGGGUGGGGGGCUCCGGGGACCAGAGGCUGACCUCCAUUCGUACCCCACUGCACUGCGGCGUCCACCCUGGCCCAGGCACCUUCCUCUUCAUGGGCUGGAGCCGCUUUGGGGAGGCCUGGCUGGGCUGUGCCCCACGAUUCCAGGAGUUCCGCCGUGCCUACGAGGCUGCCCAAACUGCCCACCGCCACCCCUGCGAGGUGGUGCUUCGCUGAGGGAACAGGCGCAGUGCCAGCUAGACCUCCUCUGGGGCAGAGUGCUGGGGAGGGGCUGGUAGGAGGGAGGGUGGGGGGCCCACUGCUUUGGAGGUGAUGGGGACAAUCAAUAAGAACUCUGGUGACAUGAGCUGCUGUGGAUCUGGUCUUCUGUGUCCAGCCCAGGCCUGGGCCUGCCUUGCAGCUGUGAGGGCGGCUCCAGUUCCUGCCUCCUGGUGGGAUACUGGGGGGAUGGUACCUUGUUCAAGACCAUUUGGCAACUGAGAGGGAUAGCAGAUGUGAGGAGGAGCUACAGGCACAUCCUAGGGAGGGGCUGUUGCUGGUUGGGGGCCACAGGGACCUCCACUCACGCAAGCUUCUGCUCUGCUGCACCCACCUGCCGCGUCCUAGCCCAGCCCUCAGCUGCUACCCUGGCAGGCUUCCACUUGCCUCCUGGGCCAGGUGCUUCCAGGGCUCAGCAGGAGAGGGAAGGGGCGGAGGGGCCAAGGGUCCCUCAGGUGUGGUGGGGGCAGGCAGGCGCAUGGCGCUCUGGCUCUGAGCCAGGCAGUCUGGCAGGGUGCCCACGUCCCUCCGUGGCUGCUGUGAGCCCGCAGUCAUCCUUGGCCCUGUCCCGCCCUUGGGGAAGAAUGGGCCCCUCUGUCCACAGGCCCCUCCAACGUGCCAAGCAUCCAGACGUGGCGAGGAGCCCGAAGGGUGUAGGGUCCCCUCUGCAGGGUUCUGCUUGUUGCCCAUUUCCGGCGGGCAGGGUGCACAAUGGGGUCUGUAGGGACUGUUUCCCGCCGCUGGCCCCAUUGUCACUGUCUCCGCCUUCCUCAUCGGCCUUUCAGCCACAUAAAGGGCCAGUGAGGUUUGGGACAGCCACAGCUCCAGGCCUGAAGGCCAUGCCCCUGGGUGGGGGUGUUCCAGGCCCCCUGGCCCUGUUCAAGCUGCGUCCUCUCACCCCAACCCCUUGGAUCCUGGGAAAGAGACAGCCACGGCUCAAGGGCCAGGGGACCCCUGGGCUGGGCCCCAGAAACUGUUGGCUUUCCAUUCUCACCUGGGCCAGGGGUGGGGUAGAGGCCAGAGGCACUGCCCAGGCAGAUGAAGUCCCCAACUUUCAGGGAGCAAAGUGAGGCUGGGUGAGGGACACAGCUGUGCAGGGCCCACAAACAAGGCCCUUCCUCCAGAUCUGUGGAUGUAGGUGCCUGGUGGGUGCAUGCCCUCUGUGGACACCUGGGGGGGAUCACGUCCAUCACCACCCUGGGACUUUCACGGGGCAGGUUGUCUGAAAGCUGCACAUGCAUGGGGGUUAUGGUUUCACAGAUCGCCUGCCUGCCGUGGGGCUGAUGAGAAGGAUGGGUGAGGAGCACAGCUGCCUGGGUAUCAGUCACUGGGGCGGGGGUCCUCCCACCUUCCGCUCCUCCUCAGGCUCCUUGCUUCUCUCCUCUCUCCAGACUCCCAACUGGGGCGUGCUGCAGGCUCAGGGACAGGACCACUCCUCUGGGCAAGCCUCCAGUAAUACUUGGACAACCUCCACCUUUUCAUCCAGCUCUGACCACUCCUUGGGCCCCAUGGCCUUACAUCCAUCUGCCCCCAGCCCAGACACUUCCGCAAAAACUAGAGGAAGAAGCCGGUGUGCCCUCCCUUGAAGCCUCCACUCCUGUCUCGGGAGGCUUUCCCAAGGGCUGAGCAAGCCCCUCACCUUUGGCACCUGCCUUGAUUCUCUGGCCAGCUUCCUACAGCCUCUUCUGUUGGCCACACCCAAGCCCACCUGUUCACAGACAGCCUGGGCUGGGCCCUGGCUGCACCCUGCCCUCUGCCCACCAGUCCCAGGAAGUCCCUAAGCCUUGCACCUACAGACCCUCCCAGAGAAAGCACUGGCUUUGCAACCAGCUGUCUUUUCGUGAGACACGGGCCCACAGGAGCACCACAGGUCUUGGAGCACUGGACCAGAGGCUUCAUGCCUGCCCUGGGGAUGACCAGCCAAAGUGGCAUGGGAGUCAGGGAGACGGUGUGGGUGAGCAUGUGGGCGGAGCUACAGGAGCCUGGGGCCUCGUGGAUCACACACUUCCAGGCAAGUGCUAACUUGCAUGGGCACAGGUGGCUGCAGAGUGCCCAAAGGCCAAGGAGCAGCAUGCCCAGUGUAGACGUGAGUGGUGAGUGCACGCCAGAGUCCAGUUAGGUGCAUUCAUCCAACAGGCUUUUCCCGAGAGCCUUCUGGGUAACUGCUCCAGGUGCGGGUAAGAAUGCAGGGAGCAGGACAGGAAUGGAUGCUGUCAGCUUUCCCCCAGAGAUCAGGGCACACACUUCCUUUCUUGGGAGGGCCGUUCCAGGCCCCCAGGAGACAGGACACACUGCACUGGGUGGGGCUGGGGCCAGCAUGUGACCAGCCUGAGAAACACUGCACUUGGAGGUUGGGGGCAGUGGUCUGGGGCAUACCCAUGUUGUCUGGAAGCAGCCUCUGUCCCUACAGGGGCUCCUGACCCCAGCCAUGGAUGGCUAAGGAGCCAGACCAGGGCAGGCACAGGCAACCCCGUACAUUCAUGGGCGUCCAGCCCUACCCUGGGUGUGGAGGUCGCAGCCCUGCUGCCUGACCCAGAGCUCAGCUCUUCCACAUGCACCUCCACCCCGGCCUCACAAGGUCACCUCCGGAAC